UUCCGUGACGUGAACACGCCGGACCCAUUUAUUGAAGACUUGAGUGCCUACCACGGGGGCGAAGAUCCUGCGGCAACUUCAGCCGCCCUUCCGAAUCAUGUUUACGUGGAUGCAAUGGGUUUUGGCAUGGGCUGUUGCUGUCUACAAGUGACCUUCCAGGUAGCCCUUGCUAACCUUCUUCCUUCUCGAGGCCUUGGUUUUCAUCGGAUUCCUUAA